ACCGAACCAUCAUGUGAUAAAUUACCAGAGAGACACUGAUUUUGACGUUUGACUGGUUUUCUGUGCAGGCCCAACACUCUCUUGAUCGGCAGUGAGAUUGCAAUUGUGUCCCUCUACGAUCCUCUCUCUACCGACAAGAAUGAGCGGAGCCAUUCUGCUGGUCGUGUUGGCCACUACUACUGUUCUCUUGUGGCUCGCCUCUCCAGUAAACUGUGGCAGUCCAAGGAUAACCAACAGUCAGUAUGUCUAUCAGUAUGAGGAGAACGACCAAAUUUGUGUGUAUGGCUCAUUCAAAAUAUCCUUCGACAUAUUUUUCGAUAACGCCGAAACAGACUCUCAGCCACCCCACAAGAAGCUCUAUUUGCCAGACAGACAUGGCGUUAGUGUCAAUGGCUCUUGUAGCCAGUCUGAGCCUGAGCUGCUGCUGCUCUGGCAGAACAACUCUCUUAGAAUGACAUUUGGAAGGAUGGACUGCAGAGCAUUCACACCAACAGCAGCCGUCUCUUCAAGCGAAAGUUCAAGACAAGCGAGUAUUUCUACUGCAAGAACUGCAAGACGUAUGAGUUUGGUCGCAUACAACGAGUCAGUCUGCCAAAACAGCUGCCAGUUGCCGUGCGUAAACAGUACCACCAGUUACUGCUCCAGAGUCCACAUGGAGAAAUCUGUCAUCUUUGUCGGAGAUCCGUCCAAAGCUAGCAAGCGGCUCUGUCUUGAAGACUUCAUUGCACUGCAAGAGAUAAUUGUUCCAAUUGCAGUGGGCGGAGUUUUAGCUCUCCUUCUCAUCCUCAUAUUUGUAGCCUACAUCAUUGCGUACGCCUUCAUUGAGUCCCAUGGCUAUCCCCAUCUGCACCCCCUCAAAAAGAUUUUCGAAGUCCAGCCUGUCGGUGGGUUGAAUGUCAAGAUACUUGGUCUUGCUACACCAAGCGGGGAUCGGUUAGAGCUCUCAGUUGUUGAGGAUACUAUGGGAGUGCCUGAUAGGUUUCCUCGAUUUCGACAAAGUGACAUUGAGGUCAUGUCUGGUGCAGUCCAACUCCAUUCCGAGUUCACACAAGAAAACGAACGCAGAAUGCAGAGUAACGCCAUGUCUGGUGCAGUCCAACUCCAUUCCGAGUUCACACAAGAAAACGACACAAGUUCACGGAUGAUUGCCUUCAGCUUUGUCACUGUUCGUGAGCCCACUAGAGUCUAUUUCGUCCCAUGUUCAGGCAGAGACUCCCGAAUUGAAACGAAAGUGACAAACGUUCCUCAGUAUUACUUUGAAUUUGCAAGCAUCUCGGAGAAAGAGCUUGAGAAGAUUGAGAUGAAGAAGUAACUGCUCAUCCGAAACUUUGUUUGGGAGUAAUGGUAAAAGAAUGAUGUAGUUGUGUAUAAUUAUAUGCCUGAGGCUGAGUUUUUUUGCAGCUGCACUAUAAAA